AUGAUCAAGGAGUUCGGUGGCAAGACGUUGGACGACGCAAAACGUGAGGUCAAGCAGGCCCUCGAGGGUCAUGCCCGCGGAGACGACGAGGACUACGACGGCCUGAAAGAAAUCUUCUGCCCGAGCCCGAAGCGAACGAUUGUCGAAGAGGAAGAUGCCGAUACACCACAACCACAGGACCUCCAGGUUUACGUCGUGGCGCUGACCAGCCAUGUACCAUUGCUGGAUAGAUCGUGUUCGGGACUUAUACGGGCGGUGCUUAGUUGCACGUGGCUGGACAGGGACGAUGUUUUUGCACGGGCGUACAUUCAGCUACUGGCAGCCUUGUCUGCGAAGGUGUCAUUCAGGCAACAGGUACUCUCGAUGAUGGUCGAAAAGUUCACGGAGACACGAUCCUCGACCGUGGAAGUUGUACCGGGGUUCCCGCCCGUCGAUAGCGAGACGAAGAAAGAGCGGCUACAUCUCGGUCUGAAAUACCUACUCGAGCUCUACGCCGAUGCACGACCGAUGAUCCUCGACAUCGUAACGCACAACUUCCCACAUACCGAAGAGUCGAAGACGAGACAUAUGGAAUACAUUGAUCACUUGCUCAGGCUAAAGGCAGACAAGCCGGAUUUGGAACGGGACAUAAUGGAGCUGAUCCUCUCGCGAUUGGUAAAGCUGGAUGUGGAAAUGACACUCGACCUGGAGAACGAUGACGACGAGACUACACGGGCGGUUCUACGGCAACUCGAAGCCUCGAACGCUAAGAGCGAUGACGAGGACGACGAUGCCAUGAGCGAAGCCGAUUCGGACGACGAAGACGAGGAGGAAAGCGACGAGCAAACGCGGCGAAUUCUCCUGCUAAAAAGCAAACUCGAAACCAUGGAUGCCAUUCUCGACCUCAUGUUCUCCAUCUACGAUCCCGUUUUCGCCGACCCCGAUAGCCCAGAGGCACUCGCAACCUUCGAAGACCUCCUAACCGACUUCGUCAACGUCAUCCUCCCCCAUCUCAAAUCGCGCCACACGCAAUACCUCCUCUUCAAGUUUGCCAUGAAGUCCAAUCGGCUAAUGGAGAUGUUCAUCGGCACUUUGUUCAACAUCGCCUUCCAAUCUACCCGAGCGCCCGUUGUCAAGCAAGCGGCCGUCGCCUACCUGGCCUCCUUCACAGCACGAGGAGCCCGCGUGCAGAGCGACCAAGUGCAGCUGAUCGCGCAGACUUUUCUGGAUUACAUCGAUCACUACAGAAACACCCACACCAGCUGCCGCGGACCGGACAUCCGGCGCUAUAGUCAGUACUAUGCGUACUUUCAGGGGUUGCUGUACAUCUUUUGCUUCCGCUGGCGGGACCUGAUCGAUAGGGACGAGAUCCCCGCGACCUUUGACUGGGACGAUCCGGCAAGUUUCCUGGGGCAGGAUUUGCCGUGGAUGAAGGGGUUGAGGCAGCGGUUGCAGGUGAAUAUUGCGAGUAAACUUAAUCCCCUAAAAUGCUGCUCCCCCAUAAUCGUCGACGAAUUCGCCCGUCUCUCCCACCACCUCCGCCUAAUCUACAUCUACCCGCAAAUCGAAAAGAACAAGACCAUCCACCUCUCGCAGUUCUUUACCAGCUCAUACGCCACCGGCGGCGCCCUCCGCGACUCCGGUUUCGAAUUCGACCACGAGAACUGGACGCACAUCGAGGCUUGCUUCCCGUUUGACCCCUUCCAGCUACCCGUCGCCAAGAGGUGGUUGGAUUUGGACAAGAAUUAUGUCGAGUGGAGGAGUAUUGCUGUGCUUGAGAAGGGUGGGGAUGCUGAUAGUGAUGAGGACAGUGAUGAUGAGGAUGAUGAUGUGAGCGAGGAUGGGAUGGGCGAGAUUGGGGAUGCGAGUGAUUAUGAGAGUGAUGAGGAUGUCCAUGUGGGGGAAGGGGAUGAUGAGGAUGGUGAUGAUAGUACGGAUGGAGAGGAAGAGGAGGGUAUCCAUGGGAGUUUUCGGAGGACUUAG